GUUUUCUCUCUCUCUCUCUGUCUCUCUCUCUUCCAGCUUAGUUUUAGGGCAUUCUCUGUAGCUGCCGUUAUUUUGUGGGGUAGGUGUACCACCACUUUUCUUAAACAAUUUCCGUUAGUUUCUCGGGAAACUUUGAUUUUCUCCGCUCCUUCUUCUCUCUUCCAAUAAAAUUAAUGCUUACAUUUUCAAGAUUUUUUUUUUUUUUUUUUGAGUUUCAGGUUCUGAAAUCCUCAUCUGCAUUCUAACGAUUGGCUGGUGUUUGGUUGAUUGGAAAGUUUGUACUCUCUUUCUGAACCCUCAAAUUCGCAAUAUUGUGAAUCAGACAGGAGAUUCAUUUUUUGCCGGGUUCAGAAGCUACAUACUGCACCUUUCUCAAGAAGUUUGAACAAUGUUUCUUUACCUUGUAUAAAUGCAGUUUAGCUUUGGAGAUGAGAUUUCAGGAAGCUUGUGCUUGAUGGAAUGCUCACCGAGCAGCUGUGAUAAGAAAACAUUAAAGAGGUGGUUCUUCAUAGACAAAAGGGUUGGGUAGAGAGUACUAAAAAUUUGUUUAUCUCUGUUUUGCUCAAGUGGCAGGUAGACAUCACACUUUAGUGUGCAGUUCGAAUCCUUCGUUAUUAAUUCGGAUCCAAUGGACUUGAAGUCCACAAAUGCAUCUCCUGUUCUGACCGAUUCCGCACCCAUAAACAAGUCAAGACUAAGCAUCCCUUCCAGUAUGUUGCCUUACUCACAAUCGGGAGCAUCGUUCUCCCCUGGCAUGCUCACUAUUCCAAAGAAGAAGCCGGGAAAACUUGAUGAUGUUCGGUCCAAUGGUUGGCUUGACGCCAUGAAAUCCUCUUCUCCUCCUCGCAAGAAGAUCGUGAAGGAUUUUAAUGUCGAGGUUGCUUCAGAUGAUGGUGAUAUUGGUUACAGCUCCUGGAUGCUUAAGUAUCCAUCAGCCCUCAAGUCUUUUGAGCAGAUCAUACAUUAUGCUAAGAACAAGAAGAUAGUGAUGUUUUUAGAUUAUGAUGGUACUCUCUCUCCAAUUGUAGAUGACCCUGAUCGUGCCUUUAUGUCUGAUGAUAUGCACUCUGCUGUUGGAAAUGUAGCAAAGUAUUUCCCAACUGCAAUUAUUAGUGGAAGAAGCCGUGACAAGGUAUACGAGUUGGUAGGACUAACAGAGCUCUAUUAUGCCGGUAGCCAUGGUAUGGACAUUAUGAGCCCAGUCAGAGACACAGUCUCCACUAACCAGUCAAAUUGUAUUAAUUCUACUGACCACCAGGGCAAAGAUGUAAAUCUAUUCCAGCCUGCUAGUGAUUUUUUACCUAUGAUCAACGAGGUUUUUAGAACCCUUGUUGAGAAUACUAAAGAUAUCAAAGGCACAAAAGUUGAGAAUCAUAAAUUUUGCGCCUCUGUACAUUAUCGUAAUGUAGAUGAGAAGAGUUGGCCUACAAUUGCACAACGUGUUCAUGAUAUUCUAAAAGAUUAUCCACUAUUGCGACUAACUCAUGGACGGAAGGUUUUAGAGGUCCGUCCUGUGAUUAACUGGAACAAAGGGAAAGCAGUCGAGUUUCUGCUUGAAUCACUUGGACUAAGUAACAAUGACAAUGUGCUCCCAAUCUACAUUGGAGAUGACAGGACAGAUGAGGAUGCAUUCAAGGUGUUACGGGAGGGGAAUCGAGGUUAUGGAAUUCUCGUGUCUUCAACCCCAAAAGAAACCGACGCAUUCUUCUCUCUCAGGGACCCUUCAGAGGUCAAAGAAUUCCUCAAGUCUCUUGUGAGAUGGAAGGAAAGGAGUGCAAAAAAUUCAUCAUGUCCCUGGUGAGAGAUAGAUGGAAUGGUAAAUGAUUUGGGAGCUGCUGCAUUUAUUUGUAAUACGAGUCAGAAUUUUUUAUUUUUUAUUUUUUAUUUUUUCUCAAAGUAGUAAUCAGUUUUUUUUAUAAGCUCUCUCUCCAUCUUGUAAAGCAUUAAUCUUCCCUCUCCACCAAGAUUGUGCAUCUUAUUAUAUUUUCACAACUCUGAAAUAAGUUUAUUGUUUAAUUUAAUUUAAUUUUUGUUA